UUCAUUCCAGUAUAUUGUAUUCGUAGUUUCAUAAUUAUCACAGCUGAAAAACAUCAACAUUAAAUAUUGCCUGGGGCGCCUCGGAGGGUGUUACCAAGGAUGGGAAAAAUACACGAUUUUUCAGUGGAACCUGAUUUUAAUUGUUAGCUAUAAAAACAUAAAUUCUCAAUGAGAACGGAGAAUUCAAACCCAAAACAAACCAAGUUUGUGCCAAAACCAGCAACAUGCGCGUUGAAAAGUCAAAGCCAUCAGACUGUGUCGUCGAUCUCACUUACGAAAACAUGGUGCAACACGAAGCUCGUUACGAAAGCCAUGUCGUCUUUUACCGGACAAAUGCUUUUGUAAACCAAGCGAUGCAUGCAGAUGGUCUUCUUUUAAUGGGUGGUGUGACGCCGUCAUCUGCUUCUAGACCGAAGACUUGCGGAUUAGCAUUGGCGAUGGUCGCUAUAUUUUGUUACUUUCCGGGCAUUUCAAUGGUAAUAUCAAUUGGCAGGGUUGGUAUCACAAACCAGACUGUAAUUGGUAUUAUUUUUACUUCUGUGGCAGUAAUUUUGACCGUUACAUCUACGGUUUUAUGUUUGCGUAGUCGAUACCAAGCGAGAAAAAUGCGUGAACCUGACAGAACAAACUCUCCCAUAGAUUUGAACUGUGUCAAUACAGAGCAAAAUAGUCAUUUAAAGAAGUUAUUAUCGAGUCGGGGAGACUAUUGCAGUGAAAAGAGAGUCGCCCAUUCGCAUCUUAUUCCUAAUGAUGUAUUAUGCGAAUGCGAUAAAGUUGAACUAGCAAAUCGGAUUGCCAAGUCGUUCUCGCUCAGGCGAUAUUUUGCCAAUUUAGAAACGGCGACAGGUCCUUUCGAUUUUGAUAAAGAGGCGAUGGAUAGGGCCACUGAACGCUGUAUAUGGGAGGGAAAUCGCACCCUUCAGGAUCAUACCUUUUCUCGGCCAACACUGCAGAAGGGAAAUUCUUCGUCGAUAGAUUCAGCAAUUGAUGUCGGAUAUGACGAUUAUUCUAUGAAUGGCGUUACCGUUGUAUGAGCCUCUAUUGUGAAAACCCAGUACUACAUUUUUUUUAGUCUUGUCUGAUUUGAUUCGCGCUUGAAAGAAUCUAUUGUGAAAACCCAGUACUACAUUUUUAUUUAGUCUUGUCUGAUUUGAUUCGCGCUUGAAAGAAAUCUAGCUCGUCUCGGGUUGUUGUAGCUCGUUGGUGUAAUGAAUGUAUUAAUGAGAUGGAUUGAAUGAGAGUUAAAAAAAAGACUUGCACUGUAAUAUCUGUAAAUACAUAUGUUUUUAUUUUUUAUUAACUCUGUUUUAUGACGAUUUCAUAUUUUGUAUUGAAAUUGGUAUCAUCAAGGUGUUAUUGCGUCAACUCUGAAUCAUAACCCAGACGCAUAUGUAGGACAUUACAAUGCUUGAAUGAAUCAUACAUCCCAUAAACAAUCAGCCAUGACCAAUAUCGAAAGACAGUUGUUGACAGUGCGAUCACGUCCCGAUCGUCUGGAAAUAAUAUGGACCAAACAUGAUAUGUACGUUUAUUAUCAUCCAAUGUACAAUACAGUAUUUGCCAUGCUAGAUACAGGGUUAUCAAUAUGACGCGCGUGUUUAUCCCCACUGUGGAUGCCUUUCAUAAAAUAAUCAUACCCAGGACAUUUCUCAUUACUGCAGCGUAAAUUUUGUUUUUCGACAUGUUGAUUGUUGACAACAUUAUUUCGCCACGCUCUCAACUGUCUUCUUAAUAUUAAUCUAACGACGUACUAUGGAAUUCCAUUAUCAAGCAAUCAAAUCAAAUAAACAUGUCCAUUUGAUAAUUUUCAAAUAUCCCUUACAUCUCAGUCGAAGGUUAGGAAAGCAUUUGUGUGUCUGUCUCAUGACUGUGUCUGACAUAUGUAAACGUGAUUGAUCAAACGUCUCGUGGGAUCAUCGAAAACCGAGCUUUGGCAUUUUUUUAAACAUAAGCGAGGAAUAAACUUUCCUUUUUACACAUCAUAAAACAACUCGACGGUCUAAACAAAUCGCUGUGGCAUUCUCCAUUCUAGAUCAGAACGGAGUACUUUUGAAUUUUUGCAAAUUGUAUUGUGCAUGAUAUCAAGUAUCGACGAGUAGAAAAUAACAGUUUAUUUAUGUGUCAUACAUGAACGCACAAUAAUAACAAUGUGAAAGUAUAGGAAGUAUGAUAAUUAAAAUCCUUCCUGUGGCCCAUUUCCAAUUGUCCGUUUGUCAAAAAUUGGCUCAAUAUGUUAUAUAUAUGAAAUAACUCGACAAGGGCCUAGAUUACGGCCGGCGAGUUUUCGUUACUUCAACACCGGUUUUACUUUUAUUACAAAUGUUACCAGUCUAAUAUUCUAUUAAACUUAUGACAAAUGUAUGUUUUGUUCCCAAGGUAUCUUAUGGAUUAUUUAUGUCAGACUUCAAGCUGAUUUUUUUUUGUUCAGUGAUGACUCGGCUCAAUAUAGCAUCACUUUAUCUACAUAUUAACACAAUAUUUUGUAUGACGUGUACUUGGGUGGGCCUAUUCAAAAAUUUGUAUCAUUCGGCUUGUUUUUAAAAUAUGUGUCGCUCGUGUCACAUUUUUCUGUUUUGCACGAUUUUUUAUUUUAUACAGAUUAAUAAUACGAACCCUCUGGAAAUAUAAUUUUGGAAGUUUUAGUUUAUUUGCACAAUAUUUGUCUAUUCUGUGAAUACAAAUCCCCCUCGCAUAAAACACAAGCUAGUGGGUUCAACUCGUUUCAACAAAACACCCGAUCAUUAUUUCUAGCCAGUGGCGUAUCUACAUAAAAUUGCGCCCAUGGCAAAAUUUAAAAAUGCGCCCCACUUGAUAGUUAGUUCACAAUUCAUAAUCACUGUCAUGGAAAUGAGUUAAGUGUACGUUAUUAUUUGAGUAAAAAUACCAGUUUCAGUUAUUACCAAUUUGAAAUUAUUUUAUUGAAACAUUUCACGGUUAAAACUUUUCGUCUUUUUUGCCUGUCCAAACGGCGCCCAUAGCACGUGCCACGGCUGCCACACCCUAAAUACGCCACUGUUUCCAGCAAAAUCAUAGACUUCGCAAAAUUUGUAUUAUUUUGGUAUAGGUUGCAUUCAAAAACUUCGCAAAUUACUAUAAAAAUGAACUUUGGGAAAAAGAGGACCCAGUGGGUUAAUAGAACCCUUGCUUACUACCUCGUCCCAAUAUGAAACAUUAGAUAAAAAUCAAAUAAUUUGUUUCGUUGAUUAUAUCUCGCAUAGCCUUGUACUUGUACACCAUUUAAUCUUGAAACUGACGUACUUUCAUUUACUUUUAUGUUAGCCCAACAACUGGGGCGUUUGUCUAACUAUUCCAGAAAUCCGACCAUGGAUAUAAUUCCACGAAAAUGUGGUUGUUCAGUAUUAUUUCGUACUUAAUAUUUUAUCUGUGUGUUUCUUCGUUUUUUUUUUCUAUUUCAUUGUCUUGCAGUAUCAGGUCUGUAUAUUUUUAGACGGUUAUUGAGUUGUAAAAAAUAGCUCGUCUUACUAGAAAUAUUGUUAGCUUGUCGGACUACGUUUUCAGUAUAGUGCAAUUUUAAUGCUGCUUUUCUUUGCCUGUUGUUGCUAUUAUAUUGUGACGGCUUGUUAUCCCGACGCCUACACAGGGAACUGUAAUUCUGCUUCACUUUUUCUUUUACAUUGAAAAAAGUAUUUUCUGCAAACCGACAUCAUUAUUUGGAAACGAAAUUGUAAGUUGGGGAUGUUCAGAUUGCAUUUUGAUAGGCACGAUUGUACUCAGCCACUAUACCAAACCUUUAAUGCUUCGAUACUAACCGUGGGGUGAUGAUUUUGAAGGUAAAGAAAUCAUGACAUCUCUUUGAUA